GUCAGUAGGGAAAAUGGAGUUUUCCAAUCAGCUGAGACACCAGUGACAAUUUUGAAAAUAAUCAAUGGUUAUUUUUCUCCCUCUUCCAAUUAGUGUGUAAAUUAUUACAUAAAAGAUUGUCAGUUGCUAUAAAACUUGUGAUGUGUAAAGUGAUAAUGCUUUAAACCCAAAUAAUUACAUUCAAAACGUCUGUUUAGGAAACAUGGAAGAACCUGACUCAAUACAAACAAGAGUAAAUAAAAAAAUAUCAUAAUUACAAUUUAGCUCUAGUCAAAUUUUAUUUAAUUUAUUUAAUCAAUAAUUUUAUUCCAUAUUUAAUUGUUUACAAAACAAUGCUGUAAAGUUACCAAAGUAUAUAAUACAAUAUAAUUAAAUAUAAAUGUUAUUAAGUAUAUGGGACUGCUGGAAGGGGGACCAAGAUAGUGACAAAAGAGAAAGGAAAGAUAAAAUGGCUGCUACUAUGGUAGAAACCCCACCCCCUCAGCUGAUCACAACAAUUGAAUGGAGUAUGAUGGAUAAAAGCAAAUUCUUUCCGCUGUACACAUUGAGUAGUUUUACAGUACGCUGUGCCCUCUACCCCUUAACACUUGUGAAAACGCAAAUACAAGUACAGCGCAAAAAGGAAGCUUACAAAGGUGUAUCAGAUGCUAUAUCAAAGAUAUACAGGGCUGAGGGUGUCACCGGCCUUUAUAGAGGCUUUUGGCUAUCCAGUUUUCAGAUAAUAUCAGGGGUAUUUUACAUUUCUACAUACGAAGGUGUAAGACACGAACUAGGCAACUAUGAAGUCUCCCCGAGGGCAAAGUCGUUUAUUGCGGGAGGCUGUGCAUCAUUAGUGGGACAGACUGUCAUAGUGCCGUUUGAUGUUCUCAGUCAGCAUCUGAUGGUGCUAGGUCUGGUUAAAGGGUCGCCUGGUGGCGUACAUAACUCUAAAGUGAACCCGCUAGGCCUCGACUUGGAACGUCGCUGGUCUAAAAGCGGUUUGGCCCGAGAGGUGGCCGUUCGCGUGUAUCGGCUCCAUGGUCCUUUGGGAUACUAUCGUGGGUACGCGGCAUCGCUUGCGGCCUAUGUUCCCAAUUCAGCGCUAUGGUGGGCGCUUUAUACCGCAUACCAGGAUGAACUUCUCAAAGUAAGUCCGUCCUGGGUGUCGUACCUGUUGAUACAAUGCGUUGCGGGGACUCUCGGAGGAUUUACCACGACAAUACUGACGAAUCCCUUGGACAUCGUACGCGCUAGGCUACAGGUUGAAGGCGUCAGCUCGAUGCGAGAAGUGGUUAAAGAACUGUGGAAAGAAGAGGGUCUGAUUGGUCUAUACAUGAAGGGGCUGUCAGCGAGACUAGUCCAGUCCGCAUGUUUCUCCUUCUCUAUAAUACUAGGUUAUGAGACGAUAAAACGAGUAAGCGUCAGCGAUGAGUAUAGAACGAGAGUGCGCUGGUGAAAUAAAUGUGAUCUAUACUAGA